UUAGCUGUUGAAGCCAGCGAACGAAAGAAACGGCGGAGGCGGAAAGGGAAGAGGGUUUGCGCACUUGGGGGGUUUUAGAAACAGAGUAACUCGUCUCACUCGCUCACUUACUCACUCACCGAGUCACACAGCGAGUCAGAAACAGCAAACGAUGAGACUCCUUCAAUCCAUUACUGGUCAGUGUCGGCCGGCGCUGCGAGCCCUGGGACGGCGGUACUUCGCGGCGGUGAAGACGGAGGAAUACGCGAAGAGGAACUACGCCAACAACUUGUCGGAGUAUAACAGCGUCUUCAAUUCCCUUACCGCUCAGAGGAAGCAUUUCCUGCUGAGGGAUGCGUACGAGGAUAUGAUGCUCGACGGCGUCCAGCCCGAUCAGGACACCUUCCGGUCGCUCAUACUGGGCACCCUCAAAGGGUCGAGCUUGCAGGACGCUUUCUUCUUCGCUGACCAGAUGAAAUCCAUGGGCUUGGCCCCUGAUGUUAAUAUGUACAACAUUCUGAUCACACUGUGUGGGAAGUGCAAGCACUCUGAUCAAGCGAUUCAGAUUCUGGAAGACAUGAAGAACUAUGAAGUGUCACCCAAGGUACAGACCUACAUGUGUCUGCUCAAUGCGUGUGCAGCUACUGGCCGAUUAGAUCGAGUGUAUGCAAUUGUCCGUGACAUGACUGCUGCUGGUCUUGGACUAAACAGGUUCUGCUACGCUGGACUUGUAACUGCACUUAGGAACAAGACCCCUUUACCAGAUGACUUCGGCACCAAAAUUAUAGAGUUUGUUGAGCGGUCAAAAGAGUGGUCAUCAGUUGAAGGAUCAAGUAUGACUGCUGAAAAUGUGAUGAUGGGUGUAACGGAAGAAGAGUUGUAUAAUAUGCCAACAGCUGAAUAUUCUCAUAGGGGUGGGUUUCUGAAUAGGCAACUAACAGUGUAUCAUGCUGCGUUCAAUGCUUGCGCAGACCUCCGGAAUGUAGAGGUGAUGGAAGCUCUUCGGGAGAUGCUAGCAAAGGACGGAAAAGUUCCUGAUUUAUUUAUUGUGUUGCAAAUAAUGAGGUGUUAUCUACACUCAGGGGACAUUGACCGUGGUGUUCAAACUUUUGAAGACUAUAUGAAGUCAGGAAAGCCUCCUGUAGUAGAACUAUAUACGACGCUUGUGGAGGGGGCCAUGAUUGGAUAUACUCCCAAGGGAAUGAAAAUUGCCGAAGAAACACUGGUGAAUAUGAACUCCCGGAGCUUUUUCUUGAGUCCGAAAAUGGGGAGUGAUCUUCUCCUUGCAGCUGCUGGUGACGAGACCGGAGGUUAUAGCGUUGCCAACUAUAUAUGGGACCUGAUGGAUGCACGUAAAAUAGUUCCGCAAUUUCUUUCCGUAGAAGCAUAUUACAAGGGCUUAAAAAAACGUGAGAUUCCUGAAGAUGAUCCACGACUGCAACAUGUUACGAAGACUUACAAUGACCUUCGCGACAGAAGGGGGCCUGGACGACCUAUUAGGUAAACAAUGACGAAAGUUGCUCCGAGGAGCAGUUGUUUCGUGGACUUUCACUGUUUUAGUGACAUUAAUGUUGUUUCAAAGGAAACGAGGCAUCGUUUUGUCCUGGUAUCGAACGCUCAGGGUUACCAAACGCCGGGGUACAUCGCGUUUUGAAGUUUAAUCGUUAAUUUUUUUCUGGAUGCUUGAAGGGUGGUGUGAAUAAUGAAAUUUUUUCCUCCUGCAAUGUUAAGCUCAAUUCUCUUUGAAGUUUUGAAACUACGAAUUCGAGCUAUUUUUCGGUGUGGCGACCACACUACCAGUAGUGAUAUGUGUUACAAUACACA